AUGGUUCAACUGUACCAAGACACGGACUGUAAAGGUCAGCCCUGCACAGAGAACAGCUCAGAGGGAGGAACUGUACCAGCAGUGCCUCAUGCCCUGCCCUCCUCUGCUCUGGAUAGAUGGAUCCAAAAUAAAAGCUCCAUAAUGGCAGUGGGUGAGGCCCUGGUGUACAUCAAGGUCACUCUCCUGGUGCUGUGGUUUGGGGUGCCUCUGUCCAGUUGUGGCCACUCUCAUGCCAGGCCCUCCCAGCGCUUCUCCUCCCAAGAAGUCGUGAUCCCCUUGAAGGUGACCAGCAGAGGCAGAGAUGCUAAGGCUCCAGGCUGGCUCUCCUACAGCCUGCGAUUUGGGGGCCAGAGACACACUGUCCACAUGAGGGUCAAGAAGCUCUUUGUUUCCAGACACCUACCGGUGUUCACCUACACUGACCAGCAUGCCCUCCAGGAGGAUCAGCCUUUUGUUCCGGAUGACUGCUACUAUCAUGGUUAUGUGCAGGGGGCCCACGAGUCCCUGGUUGCCCUCAGUACUUGUUCUGGAGGCUUUCGAGGAAUGCUGCAGAUAAAUGACCUUGCUUACGAAAUCGAGCCCAUUAGGUUUUCUGACACAUUUGAACACCUAGUAUAUAAGCUAGAUGGUGAUGAUAUACAGUUCCCACCUACGAGAUGUGGCUUAACAGAAGAGAAAAUAGCACACCAGUUGGAGUUGCGAGGGUUGUAUAAGGCCACUCUGAUGCAAAGUUCUUAUGUGGGCUGGUGGACUCACUUGCGAUUUCUUGAGCUGGUAGUGGUCGUGGACCACUUUCGAUACCUUUACUCUAAAAGUAAUGUGUCAACAGUGCAGCAUGAAGUACUUGAUGUUGUCAAUAUAGUAGGUAUCAUCUAUCGUCCUUUAAAGGUUAAUGUAAUUUUGACCGCGGUUGAGGUCUGGAAUAAAGGAAACCCAGUUCUCACUGAUGAUAUAUAUCACCUUCUGGAAGACUUUGCUUUAUGGAAGUUUAGCCAACUUGAUGCCCGAGUAAAACAUGACGAUGCCCAUCUUUUCAUAAAAAAAUUGUUUGCAAGUAAGGUUGGUGUUGCCUAUGUGGGAGGGGUAUGCCAGCGUCUUUUUAAUUGUGGAGUUGACGUUUUUGAAGGCAACAGUAUGUAUUCCAUUGCACUUACAGUGUCCCAUGAGCUUGGUCAUAAUUUGGGUAUGCUGCACGACAGUGAUUGGUGUGAAUGUGGUUACAAGUGGUGCAUAAUGGGUUCCUCUAAAUAUCCGACAACUAAAUUCAGCAACUGCAGCUACGCCCAGUAUUGGGACUGUAUUAUCAGCAAUGGUUCAUGUAUGUACCUUCCUCCCCAUCCAGAGAAUCUUUUUAGGUUACAGUAUUGUGGGAAUCUAGUUGUUGAAGAAGGAGAGGAUUGUGACUGUGGAUCUAUUAAGCAGUGUGAACAAGAUCCCUGUUGUCUGUUGAACUGCACUCUGAGGACUGGUGCUGCUUGUGCUUUUGGGCUCUGUUGCAAAGACUGCAAGUUCAUGCCAUCAGGGACUUUGUGCAGAAAACACAUCAAUGAAUGUGACCUUCCCGAGUGGUGCAAUGGGAUAUCGCAUCAGUGCCCAGAAGAUGUUUAUGUGCAGGAUGGGAAUCCCUGUGGUGACAAUGCCUACUGCUAUCAAAAGCGAUGUAAUAAUAACCAUGACAAGCAGUGCAGGGAGAUUUUUGGUGAAGGUGCAAAGAGUGCAUCUCAGAAUUGCUAUAAAGAGAUCAACUCCCAGGGAGACCGUUUUGGCAACUGUGGUCUAAAUGGUACGGCAUAUCUCAAAUGUAAUACCUCAGAUAUCUUUUGUGGGAGAGUUCAGUGUGAGAAUGUGUCAGUUAUUCCUAAUCUGAUAGAUCAUACUACAAUACUUCAGCAUCAGUUCAAUGACACCACUUGCUGGGGCACUGAUUAUCAUUUAGGGAUGUCCAUACCCGAUAUUGGUCAAGUCAAAGAGGGCACAGUGUGUGGUCCAGAAAAGAUGUGCAUCCACCAGAAGUGUGUCAUUAUGGUUCAUCCACCACAAGACUGUCAGUCUGAGACCUGCCACAUGAAGGGGGUCUGCAACAAUAAACAGCAUUGCCACUGCAACAAUGGGUGGGCACCUCCCUACUGUAAGCACAAGGGCAACGGAGGUAGUAAAGAUAGCGGCCCACCUCCUAAGAAUCAAGAACCACAAGCAAAGUUGGCUUACCUGUCAUUACUGUGCCUUAUUCCUUUGAUUGCUUUAUUUUUAUAUCACUUCCUUAUGCUUUGUAAGAAAUGUAAAAGAAAAAAGGAA